UGUAUUGCUCAAUUCGGUAGACGCUCUACCUUCGCAGUCGUUUCUUUUCCCUUGAAUGAUAAGGUUUCGUCUCCCGGGUUAAUUGGAGGACACUAUGCAGUCGGUGGCCCACAAUGCAUACCACUAUGCGAAGGAACUUCCUGCAAAAGGAUGGUUCCGGCUGCUCAAGGUCCAACCGUCGACUGUCGCAUCCAAACCGCUCGUAUGCCGUCUGGAGGCGCAAAGAAUGGCCAACUCGGACCCAUACGAGGCUCUCUCCUACACCUGGGGAGAGGAGAAUGCGAAUGUUUCUGUCGGCAUCAACGACAACUCGUUCUUGGUCCGCGAGAACUUGCAUGCGGCGCUUCUCGCGCUACGGCGCAAAGAUCGCGAGCGGGCACUUUGGGUAGAUGCAAUCUGCAUAAACCAGGGGAAGGAGACUGAGAGAAAUCACCAGGUUUGGCAGAUGAGGGGGAUAUACGCCAACGCUUCUCGCGUUAAAGUCUGGCUAGGAGAUGCGACGGAGGGUUCGAACCGGGGCAUGGAUCUGCUUCGAACUUUCGCCCAGAUAUCACCGACGGCGACAGGACAGCACAUCAGAUCGGUCCAGGAUUUUGUUUCAUUCUACAGGCCCUUUCUUUCACUGGGGGACUCUCCGGAAACCUUUGCCAGCCUCGAAGAGGCAUUGAAGCUGUUGAGACGACAGUGGUGGACCAGAAUCUGGACGCUUCAAGAAAGCGUGCUAGGCCAAGAAACCGACUGCAUAUGCGGCACUGAAGAGGUUCCCAUCAACGGCUUUACACAGUUCUCCGCUUUUGUCGUUCUUGCUGUCAGCUUUGGCAUGUGGCGUGGCCCUCCCGUUGACUCGACCAUCCAGCUCCGGAAUGCCAAGUGGCUGGAGAUAUGUUGGGGAAUGCUAUUUGCACGGAGCCAUGGAUGGCGAAGUGAUCAAGAAGGUUGAAACGGGAGAGUACUCGUUACAGACGUUCCGAAUAGAGUAGAGGCGGCAUCAAAAAGCUCAUGGCUCACAGCGCCUUCAAAGGCACGCUUCUUAAUGAGCGCUUCUGAUGUGACUUGAAUGACCUUGCAAGCAGCGCUUGUGCUGGAUAGGUGUCUUCUGCGCAUCCUGUUUUCUGCCUGUCACACAAAAUCGCCUACCUUGGGCAUUGUUGGAACUACGAAUACAGACACAGGACAGAUAAAAUAAGCAGUUGCAGAAGGCACCGAUAAUGCCACCUCAUUUCGCAUGACUUCGAGGGGUCGUCAACACCUAACACUAGUGGCCUUGGCUGCACCUGCUCACCUGAUGCUCAACUUAGGCAACGCUCAAAGGGUUAAAGGUAGUUACAACUGGGUAAGAAGUUGGUGGAGAUAUUCUACUUGCGUAGCAUAGUUCGU